GCAUGAGCGAGUCAAGUAGUUGCCUUCUGCAAGUGUAAGUGAGACAAAACACAACGCAGAAUAUCCAUACGGUAUUCACGAGCGUAAAAAGAGGAAAAAAAGAGAUAGUAGUACGUCGCGGCAGUGAUGGUGCAGUGGUGUGUGAGCAAGACCGAGACAUAAGAUACGAAGAGGCGUACUCGUGCGUCAGAGUAUAGGAAAGCAAUAUGCUGUUCGGAUGUGAAAGCCAGUAACGUCAUUAGCACCACAGGCUCUCUCGAUUUACCGCGACGCAAAAGACUUCCACGAGAGUAGGCUACAAGAAACAACAAACAAAACGUAUAAGACGCUUUAACGAAUCAGCAGGACGGUGUUGACAAAGAGUCAUGGAGGUGCUAGAUCCCAGCGUCUCCAGGGACGAUCAUCCACUUUGUCUUAAUGACACUCUACAGAAAGUUUAUUCAACAGAAAAUCCAAUAAGAGAUACAUCAUCAUGCAUAAAGGCAAGAAAAAUUUUUGGAUUUCUUGGUUUUCUUGGAUUCGCACUAGUCUAUUCAAUGCGAGUAAAUUUAUCAGUAACUAUUGUUGCAAUGGUAAAUAAAACCAAUCCACAUCAUACCAAUGCAAGUCUACAUAAUAAUUGUUCAGAAUAUGCUCCUAGUCCUAAUCAAACUAUUAUUCCAAGUAAAGGAAGCUUUGAUUGGAAUGACAAGGAUCAAAGCAUUAUUCUUGGUGCAUUUUUCCUGGGCUAUGUUUUAACAAAUGUACCAGGUGGAAGAUUAGCUGAAAAAGUUGGUGGAAAAUUAGUUUAUGGAUUAGGAGUAUUCCUAACUUCAGUUCUCACAGUUAUCAGUCCUUUUGCUGCUAUGUGGGGUUUUUAUCCUUUCUUGAUCAUUCGCAUAGCAGAAGGUAUCACUGAGGGUGUUACCUUCCCUUCUAUGCAUAGUAUGUUAGCACAAUGGGUACCACCUUUAGAAAGAAGUAAAUUUGCAGCUUUAGUUUAUGCAGGUUCAAACUUUGGAACUGUAAUUUCUAUGCCACUGAGUGGUUGGUUAUGCGACCAAGAACUGUGGGAUGGCUGGCCCCUAUCAUUCUAUUUAUUUGGUGGUCUAGGAAUUAUUUGGUAUGUCUUUUGGUUGCUAUUUGUAUUUGAUACUCCUGCAAAGCAUCCGCGAAUCGAUCCACAAGAAAGAGCAUACAUAGAGUCUCUAGUAGAGACCAAAAAUGAGGAUAAUAAUGAUAGCGUACCAUGGCGAUCAAUAUUAAGCUGUUUGCCACUGUGGGCAAUAGCUAUAACUCAAUGUGGCCAGUCAUGGGCUUUCUACACCCUUCUGACCAAAUUGCCAACCUAUAUGAAUGAUAUCUUGCGUUUAGACAUAGAACAAGAUGCAUUCCUAUCAGCUUUACCGUACUUGACGGCUUGGAUCAUGGGUUUGGUGAUAUCCGCUUUAGCAGACGCUUUGCUGGCUCGAAAUCUUAUUUCUCCAUUAGCGUCGUUCAAAUUUUGGAACAGCGUAGCCUCACUAGGACCCAGUCUCGGCUUUUUAGGAGUAAUCUGGGCUGGAUGUGAUAGAUUUACUGUGAUGAUGAUGCUGUCAGGUUUAGGUUCUCUCUAUGGUGCUGUUUACGCUGGAAAUCAAAUGAAUCACAUUGCUCUUGCACCUCGCUACGCGGGUACUUUGUAUGGCAUGACCAAUGCUCUAGCGAACGCUUGUGGAUUUUUAGCACCCUAUGUUAUCAGUUUGAUCAUCGGUGAACAUGAAUCAAUGGAAAGCUGGAACAUAGUAUUUAUGCUUGCGGCAGCCAUCAAUUUGGGGGCAAAUUGCUUCUAUUUGUUGUUCGCUUCAGCAAAGGAGCAGUCUUGGAACCGAGGAAAUAAUUGAUGACACGUAUUUAAUAAGAAAAAAAAGACACUUAAUGUGAUCAGCGACAUGCCGUUGGAUCGUCUUGCUCUCAGCACAUUUUAGCUUAUAACGUUUUGACAGCUUCAUUCAUUUUCUAAAACAAUGUUGAUUAUUGUUUUUUUCUUAUUCUGAAAACAAUUAAAAAUUGUUAUAUUUUGAAGAAAAAAAUUGGUAUAAUUAGUAUAUCUAUUUAAAAAGUAUUGUUUUGUUUGAAUGUUUGUUCAAUCAAACGGUGAUAACUUAGACAAAAUAUUUAGAUUUAAGAAAAUGAUGCGAGUGCUGACAAUACUAUUAUACACUAUUAUUUUCGUCGCAUUAGCUCUCUUAUUUUUUUCUAUAAGUCUUUACAAUAUAUGUCUUAAAAUUUUACAAUAACGUUAUUUCAAUUACGUUAAUUACGUUUUAUCUUAAAAAAUUUUCUACGUUGUAUGCUCAAUUGCAAACAUGGCCUUCCAUCUAUUUUUAAUCUACUUUUUUACGUUUGUGAUAAUUUAUCCACUUAUUGGUUAAUAUAAUAUGUAUUUACCGUUACAUAUUUGGUGAACGGUAUGUUUUAGAAAAAUGUAAAGGUGUUAAAGACUCUCAAACUCUAUACUCAUAGUCUACAUCUAAAGAAAAAUGCGAAAUUAUGUUACAAAAAAUUUAUAUGAAAAUAUUAAACUUUUCUAAAAGUAUACCGUUUGCAAUUAUCUAUUGUAAAUAUAAAGCAAACCAAAACUAGAGUUGAUUUUAAUAAAAAUUUUGAUAUUUAUUGCGCAAUUGGUGUCAAUUAUAGUAAAAUUCCGAUUGAUCGUGAUUAGAUGAAAAAAUUUAAUGAUUACGAACUAGAGAUAUAAAUUGUUAAGAAAAAUUUAGGAAUAAAAUAUUGAAAAUAAUAAUGUAUAAACCAAUAAUACCAUUAGCUUUAAUAAUUCAUAAUAUAAUAUUCAGUAUUGAAAAAAUGCAUUUCAUUUUAUGACUAAGAUCUUGCUGGAACGAGAUAUAAUAAAUUGUUUAAUAGUGAAAUGAAAUAACCUUCUAAAUUGACAAGUGCAAAUUAUAAAUUACUAUGUUUACAUAUCAGAAACGUAUUUUAGUGAUUAUAUUACGAUUCCAAUUGUAAAAAUAUAUGAGAUGGAAGUAGUGAAAAUAUAAUAUGUAAAAAAUAGUAUAGUUAUUUUAAUAAUAAUUAUCAUCCAUUAGUGCUGAACAUAUAAAUAUUUUUUUAGAUCUCUGCCUCGAUCAUGAAAUAAAAAAGGAAACGAUUUCAAAAAUUACAGGCAAUAUAUAGUACAAAAUACAUCUGAAAUCCUUAAAAAUUAAUAUAAUGUAAACAUUCCAUUUGCAGCAGUUGUAAACGUAAAUAUUGAUCAUUAUAAGAGACUGAAGAAAUUUAUCGAUUCUUCUUAUAAAUUAUUGUCAUAGGUAAUAUUUAAAACGGAAAACCAACUGCCUUACGAUAUUUUAUAAUUUACCAGUCGUGUGAAAAAAUAUUGUAAAUUAAAAAGAAUGAUAGAUGGUUUAAUUUAAUCUACUUUUUAAAUAACAAUACAUAAAGGCAUUUAUCUUCGGAAACAGUUAUAUUUACACCGUACUAUUGUUUAUAAAUUGGACAUUUUUGUAAAUUAUACAUAAAAGUUAUUGAAUUUGUACAGUAU